AUACGUAUAUAUGACUCGUGUCUUUUCAGAUGCACAAGGUAAAGAGCAACAAGGAGCUCUGGGCUUUCCUCUUUAACGACUUUCUGCUUUUGACACACACGGGUAAACAGUUCACCUCCUCUGGGCCUGAUAAACUGUUCAGCAACAAGAACAACGUACAGCUCAAGAUGUACAAGCCGCCUGUGCUGCUUAAUGAAGUGUUGGUGAAGCUGCCGGAUCCUUCCAGCGACGAGCCCACCUUCCACAUUUCACACAUUGAUAGAGUCUACGUACUCAGAACGGACAACAUCAAUGAACGGACGGCCUGGGUUCAGAAGAUCAAGGCUGCGUCUGAAGAAUUUAUUGAGACGGAAAAGAAGAAAAGGGAAAAGGCCUAUCAAGCACGAUCAGUGAAGGCGAGUGGAAUCGGCAGACUUCUUGUCACCAUCUUAGAGGCGACUGAACUCAAGGCAGCCAAACCUAAUGGUAAAAGUAACCCCUAUUGUGAAGUGACCAUGGGAGCUCAGAUAUUCACGUCCAGAACGCUCAACGACACUCUGAACCCCAAGUGGAACUUCAACUGUCAGUUCCACAUCAAAGAUCUUUACCAGGACGUCCUGUGCAUCACCAUCUUUGAAAGAGACCAGUUUUCACCCGAUGACUUUCUGGGUCGUACAGAGGUUCCCGUGGCAACCAUAAAGAAAGAGUUGGAAAACAAGGGACCAGUAACACGCCGCCUGCUGCUGCACGAGGUUCCUACAGGGGAAGUGUGGGUCCGCCUCGACCUGCAGCUCUUUGGCAAUAAAUAGACAAAUAGGAUGAAGUGACAUAAAAACAGAGUCUUCUACUCAGACAUCCAAUAAGGAUAUUUUCCUCCUGCAGAGUAACCAAAUAAGAAAGGCUGCUUUUUGUCACCUAAACAAACUCAGAUGCCCCCUACACAUGCCUAAUAUCAAACUAGACACCUCUGUACUGAACUCGCAUCAUGCCUUAACAUUUUAAUAUUAACCAGCACUAAUAAUACCUCUCCUGAUGUCAUCUGAAUCUUCUAGUAGGGAAUUGGUGUCUGAGUGACAUCAUCUGAACCCACCAAAAGGAGUCAGAUCUCCUGUGUUUUUCUCGCUGUUGACCUGAGGUAGAAAAGGAGGCCUGACUGGUGCCGCUGUUUGCACCCGCACAGGAUGUACUGUACUAGAGUUCAGAGGGACGUAGAACUGGACAAAGACUGCUUCAAAACAAAUAAUCAUUAUAUUAAUAAAUCAAUAAAUCUA